GUACGUGUCUGAGGGGAGGAGGCGGCGGCGCGGAGCAGCCGAGCGCCGCGGGGGACGGGUGUCAGCCCCAGUGCGAGAAGGGGUUUUAAACCGAUCCCGGCCGGACCGGAUUUUACCGCGAGCGGGUUUUAAAGCGCCUGUCGUCCCUCUCGCCUCUGCGGACGGGGCAGCAUGUCCGAAGCGGAGCAGCAGUUGGCGGCCGGUGCCACCCAGAACGGGCACGAAGCGGCCGAGAACGCCGGAGAGCAGCAGGCCGAAACCGGCGGGGCUCCGGCAGCGGCGGCGGGCGCGGCGGUGGCGGCAGCGACGGCAGGAACGGCGGCAGCGGGAGCCGGACCGGCAGCGGGAACAGCGGGGACGGCCGCCAGCCAGAACGGAGCGGAAGGCGACCAGAUCAACGCCAGCAAGAACGAGGAGGAUGCGGGGAAGAUGUUUGUUGGUGGCCUCAGCUGGGAUACAAGCAAAAAAGACUUGAAAGAUUACUUCACCAAAUUUGGUGAGGUGACUGACUGUACAAUAAAGAUGGACCCUAACACAGGAAGAUCCAGAGGCUUUGGAUUUAUUCUCUUCAAAGAACCUGGGAGUGUCGAAAAGGUUCUGGAACAGAAAGAACACAGGCUAGAUGGACGACUAAUUGACCCCAAGAAGGCCAUGGCAAUGAAAAAGGAUCCAGUGAAGAAAAUAUUUGUUGGUGGACUGAACCCAGAAGCCACAGAAGAAAAAAUCAGGGAAUACUUUGGAGAGUUUGGAGAGAUUGAAGCGAUUGAACUUCCAAUGGAUCCAAAGACCAACAAGAGGAGGGGGUUUGUCUUCAUCACUUUCAAGGAAGAAGAUCCAGUGAAGAAGGUUUUGGAGAAGAAAUUCCAUAACGUCAGUGGAAGCAAGUGCGAGAUUAAGGUAGCACAGCCAAAAGAAGUUUACCAGCAGCAACAGUUCAGUAGUGGUGGAGGAAGAGGUAGCUAUGGAGGAAGAGGCAGAGGCGGAAGAGGCGGCGCUCAAAGUCAAAAUUGGAAUCAAGGUUAUGGCAAUUACUGGAACCAGGGUUAUGGGAAUCAAGGAUACGGCUAUCAGCAAGGUUAUGGUGGCUAUGGAGGCUAUGAUUAUUCAGGAUAUGGGUAUUAUGGAUAUGGACCAGGCUAUGAUUACAGUCAAGGCAGUGCAAAUUAUGGGAAGACACCAAGACGUGGUGGUCAUCAGAAUAACUACAAGCCAUAUUGAUCAAACUUAUUCAGGCCUGGCAGUGGUCACAGUUGAUGCCUACAAGCACUGGAUAUUCCACAAGUUGAAGACGGAAUACUGACUUGUUUACCUGAAGAUAAUAGGACUUCGGGGUAUUUCCUCAGAGAAAAUAUAAAUUUUAAUAUAAUUUCAUAAGCUUUGGAGGUUAGCUUGUCUCGUAGCUUCAGUGAUAUCAAACUUCUUCAAGUAGGAGCUAGAUAGAAAGCUGUUUAGUUUUUGCCAGCGUAUGUAAAACAAGACUUUUCUAUCUGCAUUGUAGAUUGUUUGUGGACACUUCCAGAUUCUUGUGCUUUCUGCAGUCAUUCUGGGGACUGAACUCUCAUUGAUACCUGUAGAGGUUCCAUCAACAGGACACGUGCAGGAAUUUGAGUGUAGAAGCCCACAGCGUGGUUUGGAAUAGUGAAUUGCUUUUAGUUUGGAGAUGACUGGGGAAAAUGGGAAGAACAACUGUACAUUAAGGGAAAAAUUACAGAUCUUCUUCCCCAUGACAUCAAUGAGAGAUUUGCCUUCAACCUUCCAGAGAAGAAGAUUUUUAGCUUUAAUUUGGGACAGUAAAGGGGUUUUUCAAAAGCACUAAAAGACAGCGGGAGCUCAUUCAGCUGCUCCCAAUGCCUUUAAAAACCCCGCCACCAAAAGUGAUAGCUGACAACAUGAAAUGGAAGUAAAUAAAAUGCAUUUUCAUUGCUGUUUUGAGUUACAUAAUUCUUGUUUCUUGAUUUGUUAGUUGAUCUGAAUUUACAUGGAUUUUUCAUCUAUAUGGUGGCCAAGAAAAUGGUCAGUAACUGGUAAAGAUGCAGAGUACAGCCGCAAAGCAAGCAGUGUGUAGGUGUAGACCCUAAGAGGGUAACAAAACCAGGUAACAGAAGUUCACUGCCUACAGCCAUAAGUCUUUUGUGUCCACAUCUACCAAUCUAGAUGGCCUUUCCGGUACCAGCAGAUAACAGAUGUUCCCAGAUGACUUAAAGGCAUUCAAGGACACAUAGGACCCAGGCACGGAUAAGAACUCACAGACAUCAGUCAAACGUCACUGCAUGGAGCACUGACCAUGUUCCUGCUGCUCUUCAGAACACAGAGCAAGAACUCCCUUAGCGCUAGGUCAGCUUGUGCAGACAGAUUGCCCCUGGACGGGUGCAUCCUUCAAGUCUUCUCUGGCAGCAGCUCCAUAAGAGAUGCAGCAGAACAAGGAUCUAACAGAGGGUUCGGCUCUACUCAAUGCACCAGAAAUUGCUCCCUUCUGUAUUCUCUAAAACCCAGGCCACAAAGAGCCCUGAUAUUGUGACUGAGCCCUUAAUUUCACCCCAAAACGCCCACACAGAGCCUAGCAACUUGUAUUGGGCUAAAGUAUUUCCUCCAGAAAUGAGCAUUAAAGUGAUGGGGAUUACAUCACUGGUCUGGUGAGGAUUAACCAGUCUCACCAUUAAAAAGCCAUGUCUGUCUGUAUUUGAUUUUUGUGUAGCUUUAGCUUCUAUCCAUUGGAUGGAUAUUUGUACAUCUUUCCCUGUUAAGUUUAAAACCUCAUUAAUAGAAUGUGUCUCCUCCCUUUAAAGGAAUCUGAUUGCUUCUUGAUCUUCACUGGAAGCUGAACAGGGUCUGCUGUAAGCGAUUUUCCUCCCUGAAAUAACUUUUUAUGGCUCUUCACUGCACAAUCUCUAUUCUUUACAACAUCUUUAAAAAUGAACAGUGGAAUAGUUGGCACAUUUUUAAUUGGAUCUCAUUUAUGCCAUAUGCAGAUACCAAAAUCAUAAUCCUCUUUUCGUUCAUUACCCUGCUCUGCAUGGGAUGUGCCUGAGACAAGGUAACCUAAAGAAAGAGACCGAAAAAGGGGAGAGAAGAAAGAGGACAAGGGGGAUGUGCAGAGUUACUGAGUUUACAAUUAAAACCAUGUGAACCAAGAAAAAUCCAAUGCAGAUGAACCCUACAAACCAAACCAGUUAAAUACUCCAAAUUCCCAUGUUCUGGGAGCCCCAAAAGCAACAUUAUGUGCUCUGUUGUCUAAGAACAGAAUAAAACAGAGCCCUCCCUGUCCUGCAACUCCCUAUGCUGAAAGUACCACUGGGUUUUUGUGGUUUGGAAUCCUGCAGUGAAGGGUUCUUGAGGAAUUCGGGUUCUGCAGUAACCAAGUGCUGGCACAUCUUCAGCCACAGACCCAGGACAGGACUCAGAGGUGCUUCCUCUUCAUAAAAGCAAGCUUUUCUUGAUAGUAGUGGAAAUAACCACAAGUAGUCGAGGUGGUUCCAUUUAGCCAAAGAAUUGCUAUUUCCAUCCCACCAACAGCAGGUAGCAAUGACUGGCUUUGUUUCCUCUGCAAGUUGCAAGUCCUUUUGGUUGACCAGAUGAUACACACAGCAGCUUCUCCUGCAUUUUUAGGGCUGCAGCCUUUUCUCCUUUGUUUUCAGCCAGUUUUUUUCACCCUUUUAAUGUGCAUGUGCAAUGCAAGUACAGAGUUGAGAGGCAAAAGAGGACAGGGAUCUCUCCCUCUUUCCAUGCGAUAAGGCACACGAGGCAACACACUGACCAGUAGUAUUAGUUCACACAGCAACACAGCAGUGAACACUGUUCAUUCCCAGCUACUGUCAGUGGUACCUGUAUCAAAUCCUGAUGUUAUCAUGUGUUAUCUUAUGGGCUUGGGAACUUUACAAUAUUUUCAGAGUCCAGCAAUGACAGAAUCCAGUAUAAAAAAAGGUCAAUAUAUUACUGUUGAAAGUUUUUUUUUCCUUUUUUUAUACAAAAUUAAAAAGAUCCAAAUAUAUCACAUUAUUUACAUACUGUGCUUCAUGCUUAGAGAUCACUGAAAAAGAACACACAGAUAAACAUUGUAAUCAGAGAAACGCUCCAUUCGUUACUCUUAGGGAUCUCAUCGUUAGUAUUAUGAGGAUUGGCAUUCAGAUUUCUUUUCAUAUUAACUUUACAUCCACAUGGCUUACCACAGAAUUAAAAACUUUUACAUGCUAAGGGUGUGCGCAGUUCUAACCAAGGGUUUGCAUCCAGUUAGUAACAUGCUUGCUGUUAUCUCAAACCCUGUCCAUAUACCGCACGUUUGAAACUGGGUUAGUGGUUCCACUCAGCUUCAGUGCCCUACCUUUGCUGGAGAAUGAGGUUACAGCCUCCUACAAGUCUGGAUCAAGCCCCAGUCUUACAGGGGGACAUGUCUCCUCAUUCUGCCUUUAUACUUGCAACCUCUGGCUUUUGUGGCUGUGUGAAAUGGUAGGAACUCCCUGACCAUCCGCACCCAGAUUCACCGAGUACUGAAGCCAUGUAGUGAUGGUGGAUUAUAAUUACAAUGGCAGAAAAGUCUUUGUUUGGAAAUAAAUGUUUUGUAACUCUGCAACAAAGAGUGAAUCCACUGUAAAAGUCUCAGCUAGAGGGUAUGGGCUAAGUCACACCAGCACAUUUUGCAGAGUGAUGCAGUCUUUGUAUAAGUGGUUCCUAAACUGCCUGGCCCAUAAUAAAAGCUUAGCCUGAGCAAGCCUGGAAAAAAGGCAUUGCUACCCACAGUAUCAACAAGAAUGAUACGUCAUUUUUGGUUCCCUAACACCAGCCUAUAGCUGUGGGGAACAAGACAUGAAGCUAGAUGGAACCUUGCCUCUUCUAAUGCAUGACAUAUGUCUGCCAAGCAUGCAACAUGGUGCUUAAAGGAUGUGCAGCAGUGCAAACAAUCGCCAUGCAGCAAACAGAAUUACUCAGGACCUGCUCAAGGCUUUACAAUUAUUAGUACUGUACCUUAUGCCAACAUCCUGCUACUGGCAGUCCAUCUGGUCCCUGCAAAAUUGAGAGUACAGACUGAGUUUCCAUUGACACUGACUCAGGUGUCAGGACCCCAAAACCUGAAGCUCCGUCUUCACCACAAAAGGUUUAGCAGCACCAUUAAUUACCAUGCAAAACCCCAUUUACUUGUAUGCACAGAAAUAACUAUGCAGGCAAUGUAACCCGUAUUUCACCACACAAAACUGAAUACACCCCAGGGUAAGAAAAAACCCAGCCUACGCUUGCUUUUUCCUUCAAACAGAAAGGAAUAUGUGAACAAAUACAGAACUUUGGAAGCACAGUAAAUUACCUUCAUAAUCUGCUUUAUAAAACAGUGGGUUUUGCAAUCAGACAUAUAUGGAAAGCAUGAUGUGGAAAUGUGUUUUUUUGUUAAUAUGAGCUUUUUAGUUUGGGGCAGUGAUGUAAUUUCUGUUCUGGAUGAUAGCCUUAUUGUGUUAAAUUCGAUCCUGCAGUACUUAGUUUCUUUAAGAGAUCUUGCUGAACUGAUGGAAAUGCCUAUGGAAAUGGUCAUGACUAUGACCAUUGACUAUGGAAGCUAUUGAAAUAAGCGGACUAUGCAAAAGCAGUGAAACUAUUCGUCUUGUUCUGAUGGAGAUAACAAGAAACAGAAAUCAAAGCCAGAAGAGCUUACUUACCAGGAGGAAAACACUGAAAAGGAAGGAGCCCCUUAGAAGAGGAACAGACUAUGUGUGACCAACUCUUUCAAGAUACUUUAGCUGACUUGCGCUGCCUUUUCUGAUGCUGGAUUUGUUUUAAGGCUCUUGGAUCUCUGGUUGCAUGAAUUUCUGCAUGUAGAGCUACAGAGAGCACACAUGCACUGACCCUGCCCUCAGAGCCACCUCCACGUUACCCGGGGGUGGAAGCCACGAGGAUGCGUGCGCAGCGGAGAGAACUGCCAGUGCAAACACAGGUCAAAACUGCAUUUUUACAUUUUUUACUGUAAAUGUCAGUCAUCACAUUUUUUGUAUUCUGUAUUGAUUUUAUAUGUAAAAUAGCCUAUGCCCAAUAAAACAGAUGCAGUGAGUAAGGUUACCCUCUCGAU